UUGCGUGAAACCAUCUCGGGACUUGCUUACCAUUCUGUAUAGAGCGGUACAAAAGCAGAGGACGAACAAAAACACAUACAAAGCCAAACUGAAAAAUUGUACAGGGAAUAUGGAUAUUCAGCAAAAUAAUAAACGCCUGCGAUGCGAAGGCGAGGAAAUUAUUUCAUCAAUAGAUGAUUUUAUGGAUGAACUAAUCCCGUAUGAGGAAGAGCAGCAAGGGCAAGCAAGUGCCAGUGAAGCAAGUGAUAAAUCAUGUAACGCAUCAAACGCAAUAAUGGAAAUGUUGAGGAAAAUUCAAGAAACACAAAACUCUAUCCUCAGCGAAUUGAGCCAACAGAAAUUAGAAAUUUUAGAGAUCAAAGAAAGCCAAAAUCUAUUUCAAGAAAAGAUAGCUAAACAAUCGAAAAACAUUUUCCAGCUACAAGUUUAUAUUGAGAAGCUAAGCAGUGUAGUUUGUGAUGGAAAAGGAGUAAAAACUAACCCCCCUGAGGGAUUUAGGAAGCUAGAAAAUAAGAAGGAUUUAGAUGAUUUCAACCAAAGAAUAGGAUCAGACGAAGAUUACAAAGUUAAAAUAUAUCAGUGGUUGGAUCAUAACAUGAUGAAAGGAGAUAUGAAAAACAGGAUGAAUGAUUCACGUGACAUGAUCUUCUGCCCAGAGUUGUUUGCAGGUUGUAACUGGAAAGGCGGCCCGAUAAGUAACCCUAAAAUUCCUUUAGCUUCAUAUACAAAUCUUUUAGAACUUUUCAGAUCUAUUGGUAGCAAUUCAUUGAAAGAGGCAACUGAAGAAGACGUUGUUGACUUCUUCAAAUUGAAAUUGCGAUACGGAAAAGAUCGUUUAAAUUUAAAAAAACCCAAUAGCUACUUAGAAAAGGUUUUAAAUAUGAAUCUAAAAGAUUUAUGGGUAGGACCGCUUUUUUUGCUGCAAUCUGCAAAUAAUUUUGUCGCAAUUAAUGAAUUAACGUGGUUCAUUCCUCGUGUUUUUGUUUAUUCAUCACCUUAUUCAUUAUUUCAUCCAUCCUUCACAUUCACAAAAAUAUAACGUUUAACGUUAGAACUAUAUUGAGCCAGAACAUAUGUGUGAAUUUAUGUUUAUUGAAUAAGUUGCGAAUAAUGUUAGCGGAUAUAGGCAUUACAAUGGAAUUAUUUAAA